CCACCCAUGCAAACCAUAGAGUGCCGGAAGAAAAUGUGAGAAGUGUCCGAAAGAGGAGGAAACGGCGUUGUUUCGUGCUAAAAAUGACGACAUUAGUGUUGGAUAACGGAGCCUACAACGCCAAAAUCGGCUACAGCCAUGCAAAUGUCUCGGUUAUUCCUAACUGUCAGUUCAGGUCAAAAACAGCACGUCUUAAAACUUUUACUGCUAACCAGAUAGAUGAAAUAAAGGACCCUUCUGGACUCUUUUACAUCCUUCCUUUUCAAAAGGGUUACUUGGUGAAUUGGGAUGUUCAAAGACAAGUUUGGGAUUACCUUUUUGGAAAAGAAAUGUAUCAGGUUGAUUUUAUAGAUACUAAUAUUAUUAUCACAGAACCAUAUUUUAACUUCACUUCAAUUCAAGAAUCAAUGAAUGAAAUCUUAUUUGAAGAAUAUCAGUUCCAAGCAGUAUUAAGAGUAAAUGCUGGAGCUCUCAGUGCACAUAGAUAUUUCCGAGAUAAUCCUUCUGAAUUAUGCUGUAUUAUUGUAGACAGUGGAUACUCCUUUACACAUAUAGUUCCGUACUGUAGAAGUAAAAAGAAAAAAGAAGCAAUUAUUCGGAUAAAUGUGGGAGGAAAACUCCUAACCAAUCAUCUAAAGGAGAUCAUAUCUUAUAGGCAGUUACAUGUUAUGGAUGAAACACAUGUGAUUAAUCAAGUGAAAGAAGAUGUAUGCUAUGUGUCUCAGGAUUUUUAUAGAGAUAUGGAUAUUGCCAAGUUGAAAGGAGAAGAAAAUACAGUCAUGAUAGACUAUGUUUUGCCUGACUUUAGUACAAUUAAAAAGGGCUUUUGUAAGCCAAGAGAAGAGAUGGUGUUAAGUGGAAAAUAUAAAUCUGGGGAACAAAUUCUUCGUCUGGCCAAUGAAAGAUUUGCUGUUCCAGAAAUACUCUUUAAUCCUUCUGAUAUAGGCAUUCAAGAAAUGGGAAUUCCAGAAGCGAUUGUCUAUUCAAUUCAGAAUUUACCUGAAGAAAUGCAGCCACAUUUUUUUAAGAACAUUGUUUUGACAGGAGGGAAUUCCCUUUUCCCAGGAUUUAGGGAUCGGGUUUACUCAGAAGUUCGAUGUCUCACUCCAACAGAUUAUGAUGUUUCUGUUGUGCUGCCUGAAAACCCUAUUACUUAUGCCUGGGAAGGUGGAAAACUGAUAUCAGAGAAUGACGAUUUUGAAGAUAUGGUGGUAACAAGAGAAGAUUAUGAAGAAAAUGGACAUAGCGUCUGUGAAGAGAAAUUUGAUAUUUAAGAAACAUUUCUCAAUGAAGGUUUUUACUGGUUGUGACAAAGUUUUCAUUUAAAUGUGCUUUUUAAAGAAGUUUAAGGACCUGUGCUACCUUUUAAGAUAAAGACUUGAACUUAUGUAAAUACUUUGAUCCAUGCAGCUAAUUUUCAAAGGGUUCUCAGCUAGGUUAUUAAGUAAACUGUAACUCAGCCCAUAUUUUCACUUAGGAGCUAGACCACUGUAACAAUGCUUAUGCUGUUUCUGAGAGUAGGUUUCCUUUUCAUUAGAAGAUGAAAGAGUGAAUGCAUUUUAAGUUUAAUUCUUCAUAGCUGAAAGCAGAAACUUAACUGUCUCACUGGUAAGUUUUCUGUGGAAGGUAGUUUUGUGUGACUGUGACUAGGAAUUGGCCAAGUGUUCCCAGUCUGGUAUGAUUUCUCUCUUUUAGAAUCAAGUAUUUUACUUUAAAGUUGUCAUUUUUAUUUAUAUAUACUAAAGUUGGA